AUGCCGACUUUGGAUGCUCCAGAAGAGAGGUUGAGAAAAUUUAAGUACCGAGGCAAAGAUACAUCUAUGAGGCGGCAGCAGCGGAUGGCAGUCAGCCUGGAGCUCCGGAAGGCCAAGAAAGAGGAGCAGGCCUUAAAGAGGAGAAAUAUCACUAAUCUCUCCUCUGACCCAGCUUCUGAACAACUAACCAGAGGAGUCAGCCUCAACCUGCAAGAAAUAAUCAAUGGUGUGAAUGCCUCAGAUCCAGACCUAUGUUUCCAGGCCACCCAGGCAGCCAGGAAAAUGUUGUCCCGUGAAAGGAACCCUCCUCUAAAACUGGUUGUUGAAGCUGGGCUCAUUCCCAGGCUGGUGGAGUUCCUGAAGUCCUCACUUCAUCCCUGCUUGCAGUUUGAAGCAGCCUGGGCUCUGACCAACAUUGCUUCUGGGACUUCAGAGCAGACUCAGGCUGUCGUGGAAAGCGGGGCCAUCCAACCUUUGGUUGAGCUCCUGUCUUCCCCCCACAUGACUGUUUGUGAACAGGCAGUGUGGGCCCUUGGCAAUAUAGCAGGUGAUGGCCCAGAAUACAGAGACCUGGUUAUCUCCAGCAAUGCCAUUCCACAUCUGCUGGCCCUGGCUUCAUCAACCAUACCAAUCACGUUUCUGCGAAACAUCACAUGGACCUUGUCCAACCUUUGCCGAAACAAGAGCCCUUACCCCUGCAAGAAAGCGGUGAAGCAAAUGUUGCCCAUGCUCUUCCAACUCCUGCAGCACCAAGAUGGCGAGGUUCUCUCGGACACCUGCUGGGCCCUGUCCUAUCUCAGUGAUGGCUGUAAUGAGCGCAUUGGCCAAGUGGUAGACAUGGGGGUCCUGCCCAGGCUGGUCCAGCUCAUGACCAGCUCGGAGCUCAAUAUCUUGACCCCCUCUCUCCGUACUGUGGGAAACAUCGUCACAGGAACAGAUCACCAGACCCAGGUGGCCAUUGACGCAGGCGUCCUGAAGGUCCUGCCCCAGCUCCUCAUGCACCCCAAGUCCUCCAUCCAGAAGGAGGCGGCGUGGGCCUUGAGCAACGUGGCCGCAGGGCCUUACCAGCACAUCCAGCAGCUGAUUGGAGAAUUUAAAGUCCAGAAAGAAGCUGUUUGGACCGUGGCUAACUUCACAACUGGAGGCACCAUAGACCAGUUGAUCCAGCUUGUCCACUCUGGAGUCUUGGAGCCCCUGGUAAAUCUGCUUACCAUCCAAGACCCCAAAAUUAUUAUCAUCAUCCUUGAUGUUCUCUCUCUUAUCCUCAAGGCAGCAGAGAAGCUUUCCGAGAAGGAAAACAUGUGUCUCCUGAUGGAAGAAAUUGGUGGUGUUGAUAAAAUUGAGGCUUUGCAACUUCAUGAGAACCCCCAGGUUGCCCUGACUGCUUUGAACAUUAUAGAGAAGCAUUUUUGCGAGGGAGAAGAAAGCGGCACAGUAUUACCAGCUCUGAAUGAAGAUUGUGAAUUCUUAAACCAAUUAACAAAAAAUCACCAAGGCCCCACGACUUCUAAACCAAGGACCACACCCUAAUGGGUAACUUCUUUAAGAACCUUCUAGAUCUGGGCAUGCCAUAGGUGUAAAGCUUUUUA